CUUUGUCUAUCAAGCUGAGUGCUAUAAAAAAAAUUGAGAAGAUACAUAAAUGCUUUAUUAAACAUACAAAAAAAUAUGAAAAUGAAGGGCAUAAGUAGUGUUCUUACAAUAGCAAUUACAACUGUUUUUUGGAUCUCAUUAAAUAUUUUCCAUACUGAGGCUGUCAUGACUGUAGAACAAAUACAAAAUAUGGUGAAACCAUUGGGUAAAUCUUGUGCAUCAAAAGUAGGACUUAGUCCAGAGUUACAAGAAGCACAUAGAAAUGGACAAUUUCCAGAGGACAGAACACUAAUGUGUUAUCUUCAUUGUCUUGGAAAAUUAACUAAAAAUAUCGACAAAAAUAAUAAUAUUGACGUCGAAGGUAAAAUCAAACAACUGAAAAUGGCAUUACCAGAAGAAUUAAUACCAAGUUCCAUAAAUGCUUACAAUACUUGUUUUCUUAAAGCGACAAGUGAGGAUCCAUGUGAAAAAAGUUAUCAAUUUGCGAAAUGUUAUUAUGAAACAGAUGCCAAAACUUACUUUUUUCCAUAAAAAUCAACUAGUAAUUAUUAAAUACUGCAGUUUGAUAUACAAAAGGAGAAAAAAAACUUCAACAAUAAUAAUAUUACAGUACUGUAUACUACGUAUAUACGUCCCGUGUAAAAAAAAAUUGUUGAAAAAAGGUCAAAAAAGUGUUGACUAUUCUAAACUUCAAAACUUGACACAAUGACGAACUUAUUUUAAACAAUUUUCAAACUUCUGAAAAUACACAGAAAAAAUCAUUUGACAUGAUACUACAAAUUAACAUUUUUCAGUGCAAAAUACGUUCAGGAAAAACUGAUUUUGAACUAUUUCUGAACGUUUUUCGUUUCAGCAUAUUUUAAUAAUGUGAGGAUAUUUAUUGAUAUUUCUCUUGAAUUUUUAAAAGUUUAAAAAGCGUUCAAAAAAAGUUCGUAGUUGUGUCACGUUUUGAAGUUUAGAAUAGUCAACACUUUUUUGACCUUUUCUUAACAAUUUUUUUUACACGGGGUAUACGUAUACGUCUUUUUAGUUCAAUUUGUUUUCUAUUUUAAAUAAA